UUGAAUGCUUUUACUGGAAUAACUAUUUAAGCCUCGCGACGAUAAUCAGUUUAUACCAACCAUACGCGGAAAAAUAAUACCAUGUAGUGAUUAAGUUGUUUAUAGAAGGUCGAUCAACACACUGAACGAAGAUUUCAGAAACCCACUCGUCGCUUUAGAGAGUCGUUUUGCACGUGAAAAUGGCGACUGCACAGCCGCCGGAGAGUGGUGAGGCUACGGCACUUCCGGAAGAAUACCUUUCGCUACCACUAAGGGCGCUGCGGAUGUCUGCGCGCCGGAAGUUUGCAAAGUUCCUGGAUCUAGAGGGAACCCUUAUUGUCGCAAUGCACAAUGGUCUUGAGAUUGACAUUGAGAACGGUUUCAGCGGAAUGGCAGAGUUGGCAGGUUUCGAUUAUCACGAUAUCAUGAACUUCAAGAGAUCCUCGAGUCCAACUAUGCAGUUUCUUGAGGCAUGGACCGACAACGCAACGAUAGGAAACCUCUGGAAGUUUCUGAUCACCCUGGAACGUUAUGACGUCAUUUCGGACUGUCGGCGAUGUAUACUUAAUGACUGCAAGGUGUAUCAUCAGGCCCUACAAGACGCGCUAGAAGCAGAGAGGUUCCAGAUAGAUAGAAUACAGGAUCCCACAGUGACCAAUUCGGACAUGAUAGUGGACGAAACUAAAUAUGCUACCAGAGAUGACGUGAUAUCCGGCACGCGAACAAAGUACGAUGCGUUUCUGUGUUACACACAGGAGGAAGCUGACAUCAAGUUUGUCAAAAAUAUUAUUCGGGUACUGGAAGUGGAAAGGGGUCUAAAACUCUUCGUUCCGGGCCGCGACGACCUGCCGGGAGCCGCUCAAAACUCGGUCUCCGCAUACUUGAUCGAGAGGAGGUGCAAACGUGUCGUAAUCCUGAUUUCCCGAGCGUUCUUACAGAGCUCUGCGUGUGACUUCCAAGUGCGCUUUGCGCAGGCGCUAUCGCCAGGCGUCAGAAGCAAACGUCUGAUACCAAUCAUCCUAGAAAAGGGGGUACUAGUUCCCAGAAUUCUCCGCUUUCUAGCCGCCUGCGAUUUCACAAAGACAGAUAUGAUCGAUUGGAUCUGGGACCGCCUGGAGUCGGCCAUAAAAGCGCCCAUGGGACCGGAAACGUUCUUCGCACCGGAAGACGAGGAGAAUCCAUUCCGUCCUGAUUUGAACAUUAAUUUUACUCAUUGGCGUCCACUGGACGAGAUUCGAACGAUUCCAUCGGUGUCCAACAUCGAUGAGGGAUCGGACACAGAUGUUAAACAGCAACCGCAAACGCCGCCAAUGACCCCUGCUGAUCACAACGUGGCCACUGAGUCGUCAUGGUCUUCUUCCACUCAGAGUCAACAAAGUAUCACGGACAACCGGAAUACAAGCAGUUCUUCUUCUUCCGGCUCUAGACCGCCAACGCCACAAAAGAAGUUGACCAAGAAAAAAGGCAUGUUCCGAAACCCUUUUAAAGCAAGAAAAAAACAGGAAUCCACUAGCAGGGAGCCGGAAUCAGCGUCCAUGGAUGGGUGUGUGUCGAUGGGCCAAGAUGCCCUGCAAUGCAUGUCCGGAUCGAGCAUGGCGCGGGAGCCAGGCGAGAACUCGUACUACUUUUCCAGAGAGAGCAACAGCAGGGCCGCGAUGUCGAUGAGAUCGAGCUUAAGUGACAAUGAAAUGCAGCGUGAUCCGGUGGAGUCGUCGUAUUAUUCCGCCAUGGACCACGAUUCCGAGCAGUAUGUGUUUGUUUAAGCUUCGGCGUGUUGUCUGUUUUAGUACUGACAGGACUACUUCCAUAAUACGCCGCGAACUUUUGCCAAGACAUUUUAAUAUUGCAGAUUGUUAAAAAGGCCGCGAUGCGGUGCAUUUAUAUCUAAGAUUUCAAGUUGAUUUUAUUCUGCGGUAUGAUAUCGUUAGCAACACGACAGUCAAGCGUAGCGUAGUUUGGAAUGGUAUCGUGAGCAGUUUAAUUUACAACAAUCAACGAUCACAUGUUUCAACAGACUUGUGCAUUCAUAAUAUGUUAUGUGUACAAUAGAAAAUGUACAAACUUUGUUAUGCACAAACUAUUUUAUGUAUUGGUUGGGAGACAGGUUCUUAUAGUCGAUUAUAGUGGUUGUUAAUUAUUAAACAUGUUUGACAAUAUCUAGUACACUAUUACAGGGCACUUAAGUUUUCAUUGUAUAUGUUUGUCGUUAAUUAAAAGUUUUUCACAAUAAA